GCGGGGAACGGCGCGUGCGCAGAGGCCGCGGCGCGAUUGGUGCGCCGAGCCCCACUGGGGUUCCCGCAGGAGCUCGGGGGCGGGAAGUAGGUCCCCAGGCCAGCCCAGGUCCUGCCCGCAAGGCCCUCGCCAUGUACCCGUGGGCUCUGCUGCGCACGCCCUCGCCGCUGGCCAGAAUGUGGAUGGGGCCGUGGGGACCGUGGCUGUGGGGCAGGCCCGCAGUUUCGCAGAUCCCAAAGGCGGGCAAGAAGGACGGCCCCGCCCUGCUGGACCUGGCCGAGAGCGACCUGGAGGAGCAGUUUGUGAAGGGACACGGGCCCGGGGGCCAGGCCACCAACAAGACCAGCAACUGCGUGGUGCUGAAGCACGUGCCCUCGGGCAUCGUGGUCAAGUGCCAUCAGACGCGCUCCGUGGAUCAGAACCGGAGGCUGGCUCGCAAGAUCCUACAGGAGAAGGUGGAUGUUUUCUACAACGGCGAGCGCAGCCCUGUCCACCAAGAGAGACGGGAGGCAGAGCGGAAGAAACAGGAGAGGAAAAAGAGAGCGAAGGAAAGCUUAGAAAAGAAGAAACGACUCAAAGAGCUCCGGGAAUCGAGUCAGAGUGUCCAGUGAGAGACUGGCGACGCCGCAAGGGCUGGCAAGGAAGGAGGGGGGUUUGCGGGUCACACCCGGUGAUGUUCAGGUUAUGCCUGGGUCUGCGCUCAGGAAUCACUCUGGGGGGCGGGGGGCUAACACGAGUCAGCCCCUUACCUGCUGGACACUCUGGCUCUUGGCCACCAUUUAAAGUCACUGACGCCCCUCAGAAAUCCUUCCGACCCAGACAAAGGCUACCAAGUGCCAAGUACAGAGGCUGAGGGGGAGGGGCGGGGCACCCGAGGAGGUGUAGGAGGGUCCCUGCUGCUCCAGGCCCCAUCAGAAGUGCCUGUCUCGGGGCUGGAGCUAUAGCACAGCGGGUAGAGUGUUUACCUUGCACGCGGCCGACCCGAGUUCGAUUCCCAGCAUCCCAUAGGGUCCCCUGAGCACCACCAGGAGUGAUUCCUGAGUGCAGAGCCAGGAGUAACCCCUGAGCAUCGCCGGGUAGGACCCAAAAAGCAAAAAAAAAAAAAAGUGCCUGUCGCAGGACAAGCUAGCCUCGGGACCGACGCCAGGCCCCCAUCUCAGUUGGGGGCCUGCAGCCCAUCUGGGAGGGUGGGCAGAUAGCAUGUGCCCCUGAGCACCAGAGGAGAGCAGGACCAGAGCGAGGGGCCUGGGGCAGCGGCCCCGGCUCUCUCUGAGACUGCUGCUCAUUUUUCAUUUGUGUUACUUCCGGUGCCAGGACUAAGGCCGGGCCAGGCAGGUGCCUCCACCAUCAGCUGCAGCCCCAGUCCCAGGGAGCUGUUGCCAAAAUUCCGCUUAAACAUCUAAGGAACCCGGGGCUGGAGCAAUAGCACAGCGGGUAGGGCAUUUGCCUUGCAUGCAGCCAACCCGGGUUCGGUCCCCCAAGCACCACCAGGAGUAAUUCCUGAGCAUCGCCGGGUGUGACCCAAAAA